CCAAAAUGAAGUUCAACCCCUUUGUGACCUCGGACCGCAGCAAGAACCGCAAAAGGCAUUUCAAUGCCCCCUCCCACAUCCGCAGGAAAAUCAUGUCGUCGCCCCUGUCCAAGGAGCUGCGGCAGAAGUACAACGUGCGCUCCAUGCCCAUCCGCAAGGACGACGAGGUGCAGGUGGUGCGAGGACACUACAAGGGGCAGCAGAUCGGGAAGGUGGUGCAGGUGUACAGGAAGAAAUACGUGAUCUACAUCGAGCGCGUGCAGCGGGAGAAAGCCAACGGCACCACCGUGCACGUGGGCAUCCACCCCAGCAAGGUGGUGAUCACCAGGCUAAAGCUGGACAAGGACCGCAAGAAGAUCUUGGAGCGUAAGGCCAAGUCCCGCCAGGUGGGCAAGGAGAAGGGCAAGUACAAGGAGGAGACAAUCGAGAAGAUGCAAGAAUAGAUGCUUUCCUGAUUGACACCAUUAAAAAAACUGCCAAAAUUCAA